GACAAUUAGCAGUAGUGGAUUACGUUUCAUCUUCGACAAGGAAUCAAGAACGGAUCGUACUUACGGCUAUAGAAAAGAAAUUUAAAUAGGGUAAGAGGGAAAGGUGAUAAGAAAAUGAAGGUAGCAUUAUUAUUUUUGGGAGCGUUUUGCUUAGCAAGCGCUAGCCAAAUUAAUACCGCCGACAAACCGUAUCUAAUAAAACAAAAAAGUAUCUACGAAUUAUUUUGGCACGUCGAUCAACCAACGAAUUAUCACUCGGAACUCUACCAAACGGCUCGCUCGUACAACAUUGGGGAUCACGUUGACUCCUACACAAACAAGACUGUAGUAGAAGAAUUUCUUCAACGUUGGAAUCAUGGAAUGCUACCACGAGGAAGAGUCUUCUCCGUCAUGUAUCCUCAACUUCAAGAGGAAGCUGUUAGCUUCUUCAACCUCUUAUAUACUGCUAAAGAUUUUGAAACCUUCUAUAACACUGCAGUAUGGGGACGAUUCAAUAUGAACGAACAAAUGUACGUUUACGCUCUUACCGUUGCUGUUCUCCAUCGUAGCGACACCAAAUAUAUGCGUGUUCCACCUCUGUACGAAGUUAUGCCACACUUAUUCUACAACUCAGAUGUCUUACAAAAAGUAUACCAUCUUGGAGUGGGUGAAGCAACUGUAAAGAAAACUCUAGGUGGUACAGAAUAUUACAUAAUUCCAACUAACUACACUGGUUGGUAUCUUCAAAGAGAUAAUGUACCAGAACAAAAGUUGAGCUAUUUCACCGAAGAUGUUGGUCUUGGACAAUAUUAUUACAUGAUUAAUCACGAUUUCCCUUACUGGAUGAACAGUGUUCAAUACAAAUUACCUACUAACGUUCGAGGAGAAAUGUACUUACAAGGGCAUAAACAAUUACUAGCCCGUUACUAUUUGGAAAGAUUGUCAAAUGACAUGGGUGAAAUUGAGUAUGUUGAUUUCCACAAACCAAUUACUACUGGAUACUACCCAACAAUGCAUUACAGCAAUGGAUUGCCAUACCCUCAGCGUGAAACUGAUGCUAUGGUGCCACUUAACAAGCAUCAAUAUGUACAGAAAGCUCAACAGGUUGAAACCCGUAUUGCCAAUGCCAUUGAUUCUGGCUAUGUCGAAGAUGUUACCGGUCAACAAGUAAAUAUCUAUACUCAGAAAGGUCUUAAUGUUCUUGGUAACAUCAUCCAAGGAAAUGCUGAUACAAUAAAUCCAAAAUACUACGGACAUUUUGACUGGCUUAAUAGAAAAAUCUUUGGAUUCAAUGUGGAACCAGCUUCUAAAUACCAAGUUGCACCUAGUGCAUUAGAAAUCUACAGUUCUAGUACAAGAGAUCCUGUCUUCUACAGCAUGUACAAGAACAUCGUCAACUACUACGUAAACUACAAGAAGAACAUGCCUAGUUAUACAUACGAAGAACUUGCUUUCCCUGGUGUCAAAGUUGAACAUGUUGCUGUGGACAAAUUGAUGACGUUCUUUGACCAUUACGAAUCCUUACUUAGCAAUGCUGCUUCGGUAAAAAAUCAUAAAGAAGCUCAAUCCAUGUUGAUCAAGGCACGUCAAUAUCGUCUCAAUCAUAAGCCUUUCACUUAUCAUAUCUCUGUCGUAAACAGCGACACUAGAGUAAAAGGUGUAGUACGUAUAUUCCUUGGACCCAAAUAUAAUGUACAUGGUCAAGAAUUAGACAUCAGCGAAAAUUACAUGAACUUUAUCCAAUUGGACCAAUGGGUGGUCGAUCUUAAAGUUGGUACCAAUAAGAUUGAACGCAACAGUCAUGAAUCGUCCUUCGUUGUCCCUGAUGAAGUUUCCAGUGAUGUUUUCUACAAGAAAAUACUUAAGGCCAUCGAUGGCUCGGAGACUCACACCUACUCCACGAAACUUUAUGGAUUCCCAGAUCGCCUAAUGAUUCCCAAGGGCAAGAAAGAAGGCAUGCCAUUCAAACUCUUUGUACACGUCGCUCCCUAUGAUGAAAGCAAAUCCCAACAAGUUGAAUCACCAAUCUGGGGAACUUAUACCAUGGAUGGACAUCCGAUGGGUUAUCCACUGGAUAAACCAGUUAAAGCAUACAACUUUAAUUUACCUAAUCUUUACUUCAAAGAUGUUGUUAUCUUCCAUAAGCAACUUGAAGAAUUGAAUGUUACCGUUUAA